GGGUGUAACGAGCCCCUCUCAUUUUCUCUCUCUUCUCGGCAGCUUCACUUUCUCUCUACUUCAGUCUCCUCUCUUUCACUCUCUGCGUGAAUCCAUGGAUCUGAAACCCUAACUUUCAUCAAUCUCUAAUCUCCUCUCCUUCUCUAUUUUCUUAUCCUCUCUGCUUUCCCCCCAAAUAAAAAUGGCGAGGAGAUCCGGAGUUUUACUCCGCCAAUUGCUCGGGAAUCAAAGCAACCCAGCUCUUCUUCACUAUCACAACCUUUCUCCUAAUCCUCUCCAAACCCUAACCCUAACUUCAAUUCCCUCCGCCUCCAAAUCCUUCUCUACCUUCCCGCUCGAUUUUCACUACGAGGACGUAUUGCGUCAGGAUAUGCUGCUCAAGAUGAACUACGAUAACGUUAUGCAAGUUCCUCGCCUCUGCGAACUGAAACUGUUAUCGAAGGCGCCGGAGAUUGGAAAAAUUGCGAUGGAGAUUUCCGGCGGACAGAAGUUUCUGACGCAGAAGGAUAAGGAUUUGACGGCCAAGGGGUUUAGGGGCGCCAAUUUGGUCAGCCACCGAGCUCGGCAGACCACUCUCCGGAGAAUCGGAAUGUCUAAUUUUCUGGUGAGAAGCCUGACGGUGAUGUCUCUUUUGUCUUCUCCGGUUCAAAUUCGGAAGAAUUUCAUUCAGUUUUCGAUGGAGACGGAGUUUAUAGAGUCCUCGCCGGAGCUUGAGGAUCAUUUCGAGAUCUUUGAACAGAUUAAAGGGUUCAAUGUGACUAUUGUCACUUCGGCCAGCACCAAAGAUGAGGCUUCACUGCUGUGGAGCGGCUUUUUGCAAAAGGAUGAGAUAGCUGAUUAAUAUAAACAAGUGUGUCCAGUGAUUGGAGAGCAUUCAUAAGGUGUGCUUGUAGGGAACUUAUGUUACAAAUUCUUGCUAUGACCCUUUUAAUGGACCUAAUGCUGUUUGUUCUGUUUGUGGAAAUUUGAAGAAACAUUGGAGAAGUUGAAUGUUAAGUUGUUAAAUGAUUAAUACUCAUCAAUUUGUUUGAAUGCAAAUUCCACACUUAUCUCCAGUGAUUUAACUGCUAAGUGUGUUUUAACCCAUUGCUUUUUGAAUACAAUUCUAAAGUUCAGUUGUAUAUCUUACCAUUUCCUACAGUAGUUUAGAAAAGCUUGAAAAGGGCAAAGCAGAUUGUUCUAGGCUGACUGUAUAUGGUUUAGCUAGGGAUGGCGAAAAUCCCUUCUGGUUGGGUCCCCAUUGGUUCUGCGACCUUAAAGAGGGGGAAAUUGAAAAGAAUUCGGCUAUAACAGGGAUGGCGAAUACCCAAUAACACUUGAGACUUUAGUAUUAAAAAUGUAGGUAUAUUAUUUUGUAACUUUUGAACCCCUAAUUACUGAGAUUUAAAUUUGGAAAUGUAGAUUAUGAGAAAAUAGAAUGGAACUUUCAUCAUUCAUAACUUCCACAUCUUUAGAAAGCUGCUCGUAUCUUUUCAAAAAAGAAAAAGGAAAAAGAAAGCUGCUCGUAUAUGGUUUGGUUUUAGAAAGCUUCUCCUAAAGUCCUAAUGCCUUU